CUCGCAUCGAGAGGGAUGGCACAACACGAAAUAUACAAAUCGGGUGGUCACCCCAACCUGAUCCCGUCAGGCCUCAAUCUUGGAGGACCCCUCAUGAUGAGAAUGAAAGACUCGUUGCUAUUUUUUUAUCGUUUGAAACUUCGUAACGACACCGAAUUUCGGGUCAACUACUUACGUACAGAUUUUGUGAACAUGACCUUAAUCGGAAGACUGAAUUUACAUGAUCUCCACUUGAUUGGUGCAUACGAUCGAUCACCAACUUACAAGGAUCCCAGCGUGUUAUUCUACGCUCCUACAUUCGGACAAGUCGAGUUUCUCCUGAAGAACGUGCAAUAUAACAUGGAAGGUCGACUAAGGUUGAUCAUGAACAGACUCACAAUCGAACUGAUAAUAUCAGAAUUAUUAGUCGAAGAUAUCCUGAUGACGUAUCAAAGCAAAGAUAAUACAGAGGAACCGGUACGACUACCGAAAGCGAACAUGGAGCAAUUCCUUCACAAACUGAAGAUAGAUUUGGACAAGUGGCUGAAAGAUUAUUUCAACAACUAUUUGUCGCACAAAAAAUUUGUUGAAAGCCAAAACGUUCCACUUCAGCGAUCGGAAAAAGAUAAGGCAGUAAAGUUGAAUGAAUACGCAGACUCUGCGGUUAAUUUGCUUAAAAGACGGAUCCGUGAAGUUGGUGCCAGCUCCGUGCGAUUACCACAAUUCACUAUAUUUGCUAAUCAGUACAUGCAAAUUAAAUUAAAAGAUGGAAUUUUGCGCGGCUUGGACAGUAUGUACAGACGAUCGGUCGCUACCGGCAGAAGGGACAACAAAUUGAGGAAGGUUGACCUCAUCGUCGGUUUUAGUAAUCUAAAGGUCAUGUACACAUACCAGGCUAUUUUAUCUUCAGAAGUCAAGACAUUAAGUGGAAUUAUGGUGUUGACGGCGGAUGAGCUGACUGCACAUCUUGGUAUUACUCUGCUGAAAGAACCGGAAACAGUAGACUUGACCUUCGAUUUUAUGCAUCAAUUGAAACCGGAAUCGCUGACAAUAGAAGGGCCCGCAAACAGAAUGAUAGCGAAUUUCAAACAUCUACUCGAACAUCACAUUAUAGCUCUAAUGUCUAAUACUCUGCUACACAAUAUAAAGAUGUUGAGCACACUGCCGAGAUGCGUGCCAUCGUUUUUCGGACAAGCAGAUCGAAGCAAUACCAGUGCGUCAGAUUUAGAAAACAACCAGUCUCAUGAAAAUAAUUUGAUGGACGUCAUAUCAAAUGAAAAUGACACGGGAGAAUACGCUAAUAAAGAAGAAAAAUCGAAUGAAAAGCAAAAAACAAAAUAUAAAAAAAGAUCACUCAGUAAAGAAAUCGAGAAAUAUACAACUGAAUCUAGUUAUGAAGAAUCGAUAGUGUUGGAGUCCACGGAAGAAUUAGGCGCCUGAGAAAUCGAGCGUUUAAAUAUUCACUAUACUUACGUGAAAUAGUUGCAAUAAUAAAAUAAAGCUUUUUUUUAAAGUUAA